UUGUGCGUAAGUGAAGAGUCUUUUUAUAAUUUUAGUCGCCAUUGCUAGGGAGUUAUCUUCAAUAACUAGACAUCUAGUUUUCUAGGUCUCUAUUUUUUUGAAUUGUUGAGUCCAUAAAAUGGUUAAAACUUUAGUGAUUUUGUGUUGAAACUUAUUUAGGGUAUAUUUUUUUUGUUGAAUUAAAAAUUAAAUAUCUCUAUAUAUAUAUACAGUAUUUAUAAUAUUUCAAUUUUAAAUAUACAUAACAUAAGGUAUGGAAAAAAAUCAAGUAUCAUCAAAUAUUAUUAUUGAUGGUCAAACAGUCGUCUGUACUGAAUAUAUUCAAGAACCUCAGCGUCUAACUCCAACUGGGAAAAUAAGUCAUGCCAAGACACGAGUUUAUACUCAACGUUAUCGCAAAGAGUGGGAACUCAUGCAGGAUUUCAAAGGGUGGUUGACAUCAGUACCAGGUCAAGUAACACGAGCAUAUUGUACGUAUUGUAAAAAAAAUCUUCAUGCCCACCGUCUGUCAUUGUUGAAGCACACGUGUACAAUGAAGCAUCAAAGAGCAGCACUCAUGUACCAAACGCACAUGCAUAACAGCGAGGAAGAUAAUGAAAGACUAAUUGAGUACACGCAAGAAUUCGAAACCGUCAACGUUGAAUCCAUCAAGAAAAGUGACGGCGAUGAUGAUGAAAAUGAAGAUGAAGAUGAUGACAAUGAUAUUGAGUAUGAUAAUGACAUCGAGUAUGUUGUCGAGCGACUGGACAUGGACGAGGAUGAUCAAAUAGAAAAAAAAACUAAUCAAAUGGUAGACCAAGAUGACAAUGACUCCCAUGAUUAUACUAAUAAAAUAGAAAAAGAUAUUGAGCAGUGCAGGAAAAAAAUAAAACUUGAUACCAACCAACGGAGAGAUACUUUGGCUGAAGCGAUGGCUCACGUCCAUGGGGAAUAUUUUGAAGACAAUGAGGGCAAUGUUGCUACUGAAGAAGUUGAUGGUAAUGAGCAACAUAUUAAUGACGAAAGAGAACUGACGGAAGUAUCGAUAACUAAAAUAUAUAAAAAUGAAGAACUUGAUGUUUCUAAGGCAUUUAAUAAACAGAUAACUAGUGAUUUAAAUUUAAUUAAAAAUAAUAAUGAUGCUGGUGAAGAACCGGAAACAAAACUUAUAGCCGCUUGUCAAGUCAAUACGCCACAGCUUUCGAUUGCUGAAGGACAAGAAAUUGCAAAUUCGUUGACUGCUACUCCGACACAAAAUAAAACAUUGAGAUUGUCGACUGGUAAAACUGUGACACUCACUACAGGAAAAUUACCUCCUGGUUAUGUUCUUAGUAAAAUAAAAGGCAAUCUCCCGAGUUUGUUGACCUCGGGAACGAAAACAAUAACUCAACGUACUGUAACUAAAGUAAUUAAUAAAAGCAACAAUAAUUCUAUGCCUAAUGCUAAAAGUAAUGUACAAGUUGUAGCCGGCCCAAGUGAACAAACUAAAAAACAAUCAAAUUCGGUACAAAAUAUUAAGUUUAAAGCUCCUUGUAUAUCGACACAUGUUUUGGAUGUUAGCAAAGGAAUACCCAUAUCUGGUCUGCAAGUCAGUUUGUACAAACUUAUGGAUGGACGAUGGACUUUCUUAAACGAGAGCUCAACAUCAUCCAAUGGACGCUGCUCAGACCUUGUCGAUAAUCUAAAAUUACAAUUAACAGCCGGCCGUUACAAAAUUCAUUUCGACGUCGACAAAUAUUUCACCGUAAGGAGAAUCGAGACGAUGUACCCAUUUAUCGAAAUAGUAUUUGAUGUUAAAAAUCCAACAGGAACUUACCAUAUACCCAUUUUAUUAAGCCCACACAGUUACACAACUUACCGCGACGCUGAUAGAUGAUUUUAUUUUAUCAUCCUUACUCCUAAUUACUCCUACAUAUUUAUUAUUCUUAACAUUAAGUAAAAUUAUUAUAUAAAUUCUUAUUAAUGUAUAGAUAAUAUAUUAAUUAUACUUGUAGAUUUUAAUUGUGGCCUUUAAAGUUUUUUUUUUAUGAUAAAUAAUUUUUUUUUUUCAAAAAAUAUUAAAAUUAACUUGAAUUAAUAUUUUUGUAUUAUAUAAGAAGUUUAAAAAAAAUAAAAUAAAAUGUUGACCAUAUUUUUUUCAUUGUGUUAUCAUAUAUUUUUUACAAUCUCCGAGCUGUAAUAUCUUCAAGUUGAUAAGAAUAUAUGAUAUUUAUAAAUAUAUUAACUGGCCUCAGUCGCUGCUGCACAACA